CAUCCGUCCGUUCGUAGCAGAGAGGGAGGACCGGACGCCGUGUAGGACCCAAACUGCAUUUAAUUUUAUUUCGUUAAUCCCUUGCUUUGAUCAUCGGGACGCGUAAGGCUCUAGGAUACCAAAUGUGAGGGAAACACCCUGCGCGCAUCGCUGCCAGAUGGACUUUCUAAAUUCGCCAGUUGGUGACCUGUCCAAGAGAUAUUUCACACUGCGUGACAUAUUUGAGCACAUGAUUUCACGUCAAUAAGGCGUGAAUCGCAAACGAAUCGACAAAAGUGCUCGUGUACGCUAUGUAAAUCAAUAGAUGAACGUUAUGGGAAACUGCAAAAAGACCUGACUGUUGAAAUUUCAAUUGGCUAGACUCUGGAAAUGGAAAACGAUAAAAACGAAUAAAAAGAAGAAUGUAAUCAAUGGGCUCUCUAUUCCUGGUCAUUGUCAACUAAAAUGGAGGAUAGUUUUGACUGCGACUGUGGCGAGCUCGAGCCACCUGAUCAUUGAGGGUGGAAAACUGUUUUGAAUAGUAAAGGCCAGAAUCAUUUCUGUUGAAUAAAUCAGGUGAUUUACCAGGUAAAAAACACAAUUAUUUAAAAAAUAAAAAAGAAGGAAAUCUAGUGCAUGUAGGCACAUUUCACAUGAAGCUGCUCAGGACCAGUCAUACACUGAAUGUAUCUGCACUGUGAGGAUGCAUUUACCGGCUGUUUAAAAUUUAACAUCAGUGCUUUUUAAUUGGCCAUUCCAUUGUAGCCUAUCAACACUAGUCUAGAAAGAAUUAUUUAAGGAGAUCCAUACAACCAUAUUCUGAGGAAGAGUUUAGCGAUAUAUAUAUAUAUAUAUAUAUUUUUUUUUUAAAUUAUUAUUCACAAUGGAAAUAUAAUUUGCCUACAAAGUGGUGCUCUGCCUCUGAGCCCUAGGUCGGGGAACUUAGUAGUCACCAAUAUUGGGGUAGCGUAGGUCAGGCCUCUAGUGGAAUUAAUUAGUUUAACACCAAGUUCCCCUUGGUGUUAAAGUUAGACUUGAAGACAGGUCUGAGAUAUAACAGUGAAGAUAGCUGAACCUAAACCAAAAACAGUCAUCAUGGCAGAAAAGUUUGAGUCACUUAUGAACAUCCAUGGCUUUGACCUGGGAUCUCGCUACAUGGAUUUGAAGCCGCUUGGUUACGGUGGAAAUGGGCUGGUGUUCUCAGCUGUUGACACAGAAUGUGACAAGAGUGUAGCGGUGAAGAAGAUCAUCUUAACUGACCCCCAGAGUGUGAAGCAUGCUCUGCGGGAAAUCAAGAUUAUCAGACGACUUGAUCAUGACAACAUUGUCAAAGUAUUUGAGACACUAGGCCCCAGUGGUCGCAGGCUAACAGAGGACAUGGUGUCCCUGACAGAGGUCAACUCUGUCUACAUUGUGCAAGAGUACAUGGAGACAGACCUGUGUCAACUAUUAGAGAAGGGCCUUCUAUCUGAAGACCAUGCAAGGCUCUUCAUGUACCAGCUACUUAGGGGCCUGAAGUAUAUCCACUCUGCCAAUGUUCUACACCGCGAUCUCAAACCUGCCAACCUGUUUGUCAACACAGAGGACCUGGUACUGAAGAUUGGGGACUUUGGGCUGGCUCGCAUUAUGGACCCUCACUAUUCUCACAAGGGUCAUCUUUCAGAAGGUCUUGUCACAAAAUGGUACAGAUCCCCGCGCCUACUUCUCUCUCCUAACAACUACACCAAAGCCAUUGACAUGUGGGCUGCAGGCUGCAUCUUUGCUGAAAUGCUAACAGGAAAAACCCUCUUUGCAGGAGCCCACGAACUGGAGCAGAUGCAGUUGAUCUUGGAGUCGAUCCCUGUGCUUCGAGAGGAAGACCGUCAGGAGCUCCACAGCGUCAUUCCUGUCUUCAUUCGUAAUGACAUGUCCAUGCCUCACACGCCACUUGCCAAGCUGUUGCCUGACGUUAGUCCCCAGGCCCUGGAUUUCUUGGAGAAGAUCCUGACCUUUAACCCCAUAGAUCGUCUUACUGCAGAGGAAGCCCUGGCCCAUCCCUAUAUGGCUGACUACUCCUUUCCCCUAGAUGAACCGGUUUCUUUGCACCCCUUUCACAUUGAGGAUGAGGUAGAUGAUAUCCUGCUCAUGGACCAGAGCCACAGUCACAUCUGGGACAGGUAUCAUGAGAGCCAGCUGUCAGAGGCUGACUGGCACUUGCACAGCACCCACGACCCAGAUGAAGUUCAGGUUGAUCCAAGGGGACUCUCUGAUGUAACAGAUGAGGAGGAGGUCCAGGUGGAUCCCCGUAAAUAUACAGAUGGAGAUCGUGAAAAGUUCCUGGAUGAGCCUUCCUUUGACUACUCCAGUAUUUUCCCACCAGAGCGUUCUUGGCAGGAUGACCACCACGAGAACAAGUACUGUGACCUGCAGUGUAGCCACACCUGUAACUACAAGGCUGUGUCACCCUCCUACUUGGACAACCUCAUCUGGAGGGACAGUGAAGUCAACCAUUAUUAUGAACCCAAGCUCAUAAUUGACCUCUCCAACUGGAAGGAGCAGCAGAGCAAGGAGAAGGCUGACCGCAAGGCCAAGAGCAAGUGUGAGAAGAAUGGUCUGGUGAAGGCCCAGAUUGCAUUGCAGGAGGCCCAGAGUCCAGUGGAGAAGGACCGGGAACAGGAGAAACACCAGACAGAAAAGCCUCAAAGCCAGCAAAAUCAAGGCUUUGACUUUGACUCCUUCAUUGCUAGCACCAUAAAACUGAGUCUGCAGCCAGAGCCCUGUCCGGAUGUAGCACUGCUUAAUGAAGUCGGCCUCUUAAAUGAGCUUAACUCUUCAGUUUCCCAGCUGGAGGCUCCCCGCUCAGGCUCUAUGUCAAAGUCCAUAAGUCAGGAGAAGGAGGAGAAGUGCCUGGUCAACUUGGCCCAGUUAGGUGGAGGAGGGCUGGCAGUCAUCAGUGGGGACAGCACCUGGACCGCUCACCCAUGGGACAGCUUCGGCCCAGGGGAGAGAGUCGAAGAGAACGGCUGUUUGAUAGAUGAAGCCUGCUGGGAUAUUCGCAAAGAGGACCACUUCCAGAAGGACAGCACUUAUACCAGCUACCUGGACCGCCUGUUCAGCCGGAAUGACGAGGGGGGUGCAGAGACCGCGACCAACCCAGAGUCCCCAGAGGGUAGAGAGCAGGACGAGAACUUCCUCAGCAAGAAUACGGAGAUUGUGCUCAACGUGCAGUUGGAUACUCUUGCCCUGCCUGGCUUUGACAGCAAUGAUGACUUGCCUUUAAAAUCCAUCCAGGCGUCCCUCACACCUUGUGCUGUCAAAUGCUCCCCACAGAUUGCCCACAAAACGUACAGCAGCAUCUUUAAGCAUCUUAAUUGAAGAAUCUGUAAUGUAUCCUCUCUCACAGUGCAAGACCAUGGCAGUUUUGACUAAAUAUUAUGGUAUAUUAUUGUACUUGAAUAAUUUCAUAUGAUUUUUUUAUGGUUACUUUUAAUUCUUCCUGUUGUAUUUUUUUUUUUUUUUUGGAGUUGGAUUGAAGAGGAGUGAUUUGUUAUUUAAAGAUUUUGGUCAUCACGCUGAGCCUUGGUCACCAGGCCUUCAUGGGUCUACGCCCUCAUUAUCAGACUGGCAUAUCACUCGCACACUUAAGUACUGUAGAACAGACUGCAGGUGAGAAGUAGAUAGAAGAAAGCAGAACAGCAGGAGAGGAUGUACUGUAAUAGGUGAGGUUUGGUGAGACACAGGACGGUGAACGCUAACAUUGCUGUAGGCUUUUAAAGUGCUUUCAAUUAGCCAUUCCCACAAUGAGCUACAAAAGGGGGUGGGGUGUUUUGUUUUGUUUUUUAUAAUUUUUUUUCUUCUCCAUUUUUAUCUACCCCCUAGCCUCCCAAAAGAUUGCUUCCUUGAUAACCCUUUCAUACUGUAAAUCUGACACAAGAUGCCAGCAGCAACCAUUAUUGUAGGCGUUAAUGUAAAUGUGUUAUCUACCUCAAGGUAACAGCCGCGAGAGACACUCGGAGCCACACUAGUGCUUUACAUACGACCAUUCUCAUGCCAUGAAAUGAAGUGGUCACAAACAUGGAGAUCUGUCUCACUCUAGCAUUUAACAUAGUGAGGUGUUUCAGUAAUCAUUAUUUAUUUUCUAGCAGAUGUGCGAUAUUUAUUUUAUCAAUGUGAUUAUCGAAGAUUAAGAAAUUGCACAGGCUUCCAUUUUCAUUUCGGCAGUCCUUUUGAUUUAUGGUAGGAUGCAAACGUAUCUGUUAUGUUUGAAAGGAAGUUGAGGCUUUCCAUUUUCCAUCAAAGUUGUCCUAAUGGAUAUCAUUCUUUUUUGUUUAUUUAUAGAUGUGUUUUGUCUAUAGUGGAAACUGCUCUAUGGUAUAAGAAGCGACUAAAAGUCUUAAUUUUUUUUAUCUACAUGUAAAGAGAUUGUGUGCAUGGAGGCAGGAGAAAGGUACAUUAAAAUAAAGUUAAUGGUGAGUAUAAUGCACAUCAGUUUUAAUUGUAUGUUUUUGGUUUUCUUUUGGUUCAUAUUUUUGUUGUUAAAUUUUAAUGUACUUUUUCCAGGCAAGCAUGAUAAAUUAGGUAAAGGUGUAGCAUGUAGAACACUUCUUUUGUAAUCUUUGGUUCUCCUGUUCUACAAAAUAUCUCGAAAUAAAGAUUACUGACAAAGA